AUGGGCUUCAGCCAGGGCGACGCUAAGAAGGGUGCCAACCUCUUCAAGACCCGCUGCGCUCAGUGCCACACCGUUGAGGCUGGCGGCGGCAACAAGACUGGCCCUGCUCUUCAUGGCCUCUUCGGCCGCAAGAGCGGUGCUGUUGAGGGCUACGCCUACACCGAUGCCAACAAGCAAAAGGGUGUCGUUUGGGAUGAGAACUCCUUGUUCGAGUACCUUGAGAACCCCAAGAAGUACAUUCCUGGCACCAAGAUGGCCUUCGGUGGUCUGAAGAAGGAGAAGGACAGGAACGACCUUAUCACCUACCUCAAGGAGGCUACUGCUUAA